AUUCAACAACUCAGAAAAGAAAACCUGGGGUUCCGCCGAAUCGAAGGAAUUUCAGAAGAGAAGAGAAGAGAAGAAAAGAGGGGAUUUUAGGGUGAAAUUUCCAUUCCCGUUCGUUCCCAUGGGUGGAGGCAGCAAAAGCCGAACAAAAAAGAAAUCCAAGUCUAAGAAGAAACUGACAUCUUCUGAACGUCAAUCUAUUUAUGAUCAGAUUUAUCGUCAGGUACUAUCUGAUAUACAAGCCAAAAAAGUAGCAGAAGAAGAGGAAGCCCGUCGAUUAGCAGAAGAGGCUCUUGCUAAAAAAAAAGCAGAAGAAGAGGAAGCCCGUCGAUUAGCAGAAGAGGCUUUUGCUAAAAAGAAAGCAGAAGAAGAGGAAGCCCGUCGAUUAGCAAAAGAAGCUCUUGCUCAAAAAAAACUGCAGGCCCGCAAAGCAAAAGAGGCAGCAGAAAAGACUCUUACUCUAAAUUCACUCUGGGCAUUGGCUGAUGCAUUUCAGCGUCGUUCCUUCCCAGACAUGACUAGAGAAACACUUUUUCGAAAACUUGUUAAACUUAACCCAGCCCUGGACCAUGAAGAUGAUACAGCUUCACCAAUUCAACCUGUGCACAUGCCAACACAAUAUGGUAAGGAGGUAAACUAUGAAAAUGAUAUGAAGCCCUUGGAUGCCAGCAGCAGCCAGCCGUUGGAUGAGCUCAACAAGUCAACACAAAACGUUAGCCUUGAGGAUAAAGCUGCUGUUCAGGAGGGGGGUAUUGGUAGCGCCCAACUACUCUAGAUAUUGGACCUAGUUUUAUUAUUUUGUGUCGCAUAGCCUAGUUGUUGCAAGUGUACUAUGAAAUGGCUUUUGGAGUAAGCGAGCAACCAGAGAAACAAUAUUUAUAACUAAUAGUGUGGCUUUGUAAUAUGUUCUGAAUCCUUCUACUUCCUAUGCAUACUUGGAGAAGUUGUGUCAAGCU